AUCAAAUUUCCGAGUCAUCAUCUACAAAUUGUAUACUACUACUACUUAUAGCAAUUCAUUGUUAUCCUCUUUCUAAAUUUCAUCCUCAUUUAUUUUCAGAAUGGCAUCGUCAUUAACAAGAUCAAGAUCACUAAUCCAAAAAUUAAGAUCAAAAUUAAGUGUGCUUCAUCAACUUAAUUAUUAUGCCAAUUCUUCAAGGAAUUUUCUUGUUAAUCUAACUUUUUCACCACAAAUUAUCAAAAACAAAAACACAUUCUUUGUUUCUCGGAAUUUUGAAUCUACCAUAGCCCAGAAUCAACUGGAUUUUGUUUCUGCUGAUAAUGAUAAUCAGGACUUAGAUUUUCCUGGUGGUAAAGUUGGAAUUACCUCUCAAAUGAGGUUCAUUUCUGAAACUAAUGGUAGCAGGGUUGAAUGCUAUAGGGCCCUUGAUGAUGAUGGUCAGCUUUUGAAAGAGUCAAAACAGGUCGAUGAGGAACUUGCUGUCAAGAUGUACGAAUAUAUGGUGACCUUACAAGAAAUGGAUACAAUAUUCUUUGAAGCACAAAGGCAAGGGAGAAUCUCAUUCUAUCUCACUACUAUGGGAGAAGAAGCCAUUAACAUCGCUUCAGCAGCCGCUCUCAGCAUAGAUGAUCUUAUAUUCCCUCAGUAUCGGGAGCCAGGUCUUCUAUUAUGGCGAGGUUUCACCCUGCAAGAUUUUGCAAACCAAUGCUUCGGAAACAAGGCUGAUAAUGGAAAGGGCAGGCAGAUGCCUAUACACUAUGGUUCUAACAAGCUCAAUUACAUUACAGUAUCCUCAACUGUCGCUACACAACUUCUCCAUGCAGUUGGCGCUGCAUAUUCCUUGAAAAUGGACAACAAAAAUGCUUGUACAAUCACUUUUUUCGGAGAUGGUGGCACCAGCACAGGAGAUUUCCAUGCUGCUUUAAACUUUGCAGCAGUCCUAGAGGCCCCGGUCAUAUUUUUCUGCCGCAACAACGGUUGGGCAAUUAGCACCCCAGUGUCUGACCAACUAAGAGGUGAUGGGGUGGUUGUCCGAGGGCAAGCUUAUGGCAUUCGAAGCAUCCGAGUUGAUGGCAAUGAUGCCCUUGCCAUUUUCAAUGCUGUACGAGAAGCACGGAGAAUGGCUGUUAUUGAAAAAAGACCUAUCUUGAUUGAGGCGCUAACAUAUAGAGCAGGUCACCACUCUACUUCAGACGAUUCUACAAAGUACCGUCUAGUUGAGGAAAUCGAACGAUGGAGUAAAACACGAGGCCCAGUAUUGAGAUUCAAAAAAUGGAUCGAUGGCAACGGGUGGUGGAACGAUAAGAGAGAUUCAGAGUUGCGAAGCAGUGUCCGGAAACAGCUCAUUCAUGCAAUUCAAGUUGCAGAGAACCUUGAGAAACCACCAGUAUCUGAGCUUUUCUCUGAUGUAUAUGAUGUCCUCCCUCCAAAUCUCCACGAACAAGAAAGAUCAUUAACCGAGACCAUUAUAAAACACCGGAAAGAUUACCCAACAAAUGUCCCUGUACAGUCGAUCACUUGAUUUUCUGCACAUCUCAUCACAUAUGUAAUAACUACUUACAAAUGUAUAUAAACAUGUCUAUCCUUAUAACAAUGGUUCUGUAUCUGCAUAUUAUACUAACAAGUAACAAGUGAUUCCUCGAA